AUGGCUUUCACAAGGCACACGCAAAGGUUGCUUGCACAACUUAGCAACUCCCGUUCCAGAAUCGCCAUCACCAACCCGCAGCAGCUUCAAUCGGGUCGCAGACUCGCCUCAUCUUCCGCAAAAUCCCAAUUCAAGGGCCAAUCAUCCGGCGCAUCAUACAACCGCUUUAUCGUUGGAGCAAUUGGUCUUGCUGCUGCAGCACCCCUCGCCUACAAGAUGGUACCGCAGCUCCUCCUCACCGACGCCAACAUCCUUGCUGGCGUUUCCGCCGUUCAGGAACCGUUCCAACUCGACCCGCCGACUCUCGCCGAGCGCGAUGCCAUGACCAAGCGGGAAGCCGAGAUCACCGUCGACUCGCCCAUGCGCCUGCGUAUGGAGAAGUUCAUUAAGGAGCAGCAGCAGAUCAUCGUCAAGGAGCUCGAAAAGGUCGAUGGCGGAAAGUUCCGCAAGGACGAAUGGAGUCGCAAGGAGGGCGGCGGCGGCAUCACCUGUGUGCUCCAGGACGGCAAAGUCUUCGAGAAGGGUGGCGUUGGUGUGUCCGUCGUCUACGGCAAUCUCCCCAAGCCCGCCAUCGCCAAGAUGCGCGUGAACCACAAGAGCGUUGACGACAACGUCGACUCCCUCCCCUUCUUCGCUGCCGGCCUCAGCAUGGUCCUGCACCCCAAGAACCCCAUGGCCCCGACCGUCCACCUCAACUACCGCUACUUCGAGACAUCGAACCCCGACGGUACCUCACAGGCCUGGUGGUUCGGCGGUGGCAGCGAUCUGACUCCCUCCUACCUCUUCGACGAGGACGCCGUGCACUUCCACAAGACGCUCAAGGAGACGUGCGACGCGCAUGACAAGAGCUACUACCCGCGCUUCAAGAAGUGGUGCGACGAGUACUUCUACAACAAGCACCGCGGCGAGUGCCGCGGCAUCGGCGGCAUCUUCUUUGACGACCUCGACGAGACCGAGAAGGACCGUGAGAACACCUUUGCCUUUAUCCAGGACUGCCUCAAGUCUUUCCUGCCGGGCUACAUCCCCAUCCUCGAGAAGCGCAAGGACAUGCCCUUUAAUGAGGCCGAGAAGGAGUGGCAACAGAUCCGCCGCGGCAAGUACGUCGAGUUCAACCUGGUACACGACCGCGGCACCGCCUUCGGCCUCAACACCCCCGGCUCGCGGGUCGAGAGUAUUCUGAUGAGCUUGCCCCUGACGGCGAGCUGGAAGUACAUGCACGAGCCUGAGCCCAAGAGCCGCGAGCAGCGCCUCGUGGAUGUGCUCAGAGCCCCCAAGGAGUGGGUGUAG